AUGCCCUCUCCUCUAAUUCUGAAUCAGAAGGAGGUGAAGGCAAAGGUAGUACUGAAGGAGGAGGCAUCCCAUCUCCCCAGUCAUGCUGGAAGACUGGGGGCAAGGCUACAGAGGUUGUCCUGUUAUAAGGAGAUCCGAACCUUCUCAGCCUCUUUGCAGAGAAUCAAGACUAAGACGUGGAACAGUGGACUUGAAAGCUGUGGCAGCUCCAACUACGGAGGAGCCAGUGGCUACACACAGUCCCCAUGGGACUUUGGAUCGUCCAGACCUUCUUAGGCCAAAAAGAAACCAAAAGCCUCAGCCCAGCACAUUGUGCCCUGUACUGUAUCUCAGCUGCUUUCUGCCACUUUGGUUGAUGAAGUGUUCAGAAUUGGGAAUGUUGAGAUUUCACAUGUCACUAUUGUGGGGAUCAUCAGACAGGCAGAGAAGGCUCCAACCAGCAUUGUUUGCAAAAUAGAUGACAUGACAGCUCCACCCAUGGAUGUUUGCCAGUGGGUUGACACAGAUCACGACAGCAGUGAAAACACUGUGGUUCCUCCAGAAACAUAUGUGAAAGUGGCAGGCCACCUGAGAUCUUUUCAGAAUAAAAAGAGCCUGGUAGCCUUUAAGAUCAUGCCCCUGGAGGAUAUGAAUGAGUUCACCGCACAUAUUCUAGAAGUGAUUAAUGCACACAUGAUACUAAGCAAAGCUAAUAGCCAGCCCUCAGCAGGGAGAGCUCCUAUCAGCAAUCUAGGAAUGAGUGAAGCAGGGAACUUUGGUGGGAAUAGCUUUAUGUUAGCAAAUGGCCUCACUGUGGCCCAAAAACAGGUGUUGAAUUUGAUUAAGACUUGUCCAGGACCUGAAGGGUUGAACUUUCAAGAUCUCAAGAACCAGCUGAAACACAUGUCUGUAUCCUCAAUCAAGCAAGCUGUGGCUUUUCUGAGCAAUGAGGGGCCUACCUAUUCUACUGUGGAUGAUGAUCAUUUUAAAUCCACAGAUGCAGAAUAA